UAAGAAAAAGAAUAGUUGAAAAGGAACUUGGUCUUCUUCGCCUCUCUCUCUCUCUCUCUUCUUUCUCUCUCUAUCUUCAUCCUUUGAUCCUUGUCUCACCGAUAAAUUCAACCACCGAAUCAAUCUGCAGCUCCGUCAACGCAAUCUCGAUCGAUCAAACUCCGAUUCAACCGUAUCUUCUGAACCGUUCAACUCCGGUUUUUAUUACUGCAAUGGAGGAGAGCACCAAGUCUAAGGACCAUUUGAUAUCAGCUGCAGCUUUUGUUGAAGCUGGAGCUCAAGAUGCUUGUGACGAUGCUUGCAGCAUAUGCCUUGAAGCAUUCUCUGACAGUGAUCCUCCUACGGUUACGGGUUGCAAGCACGAGUUUCAUCUCCAGUGCAUUCUUGAAUGGUGUCAAAGGAGCUCCCAAUGCCCAAUGUGUUGGCAGUCUAUAAGCUUGAAGGACCCAAGCAGUCAGGAGUUGCUUGAUGCAAUAGAGCAGGAAAGAAGCAUGGCAAACAACCCAUCUAUGAAUACUACAAUAUUUCAUCAUCCAACCUUUGGUGAUUUUGAAUUACAGCAUUUGCCUGUUAGUGCAACUGAGGCUGAGCUUGAGGAGCGUAUUAUACAACACUUGGCUGCUGCAGCAGCAAUGGGCCGGGCUCGUCAUAUGGCAAGACGGGAGGGUCAUAGAAGUCGAACAUCAGCCCAGGCCCGCCCUCGAUAUUUGGGCUUUUCUGCACAACCUAGUGUACCUUCCCCUACCCGACCUACUUCAACUGAUGAUGUUGAACCUACUACCCCUGCUAGUGGUGGACCCCCCUUGGUAACUGUGCAUGAGGAACCGCUAGGAGGGACUGCACCCUCAUCAUCAUCAUCGUCCUCUGUUCAUGCUAGUGAACUGCCUUCUUCACCAUUGACCCCGAGCAUCAUUCCUGCACGUCCACGUGAAUCUCCCUCUACUGAAAGUAGGUCGGUUAUGCAGUCAUCUCCGAACAACCAAGAUAGGGCAGGACCCUCUGAACAGAACUCGUUUUCAGAUUUCAAAACCCGAGUUAAUGCAAUAUCUAUGAGAUAUAAAGAAUCGAUUACAAAAACCACAAAGAAUUGGAAGGAAAGAUUAUUCUCUCGCAGCAACAGUCCCACUGAUCAUGGUUCUAAGGACACUGGUGAGGGCAGUGCAGGAAUCGCGACACUCUCACGUAUGAUGGACCAUCUGCAACACGAUUUGUCACCCGUCUCAGAUACCAGCGACUCUACUAACAAUUCCGCCAACAAUUCUGGAAGUCGGAAUGAGAUGAUGGGCUCACGUGCGCCACCGCCGCCACCACCACCACCAUCACCACCGGUGUAAGACAUGUUAUAGUUUAUCUUGUUACUAAUUUCAUAUAAACUACAAAAAUUUGUAGUAUUUGACUUAAGACUUGAGAUCUAUACGCUACUCGUAUCGGAUGCCGAUUUAUUUGUGGGUCCGCUUUUGAAUCGCUUUGCGUCUAUCAAGGUUGCAUGCCGGCCUUGUUAGCCCAGGGGUGUGGGUGUGUAUCUGGUCAAAACCAAAUUUAAACGAAAGAUGAUGGUUAGGAUUUUUAAACUAUAUAUGUACAUUCAUCAUGUGAUUAUUCAUCUUGUGAUUAUAUAGCCUGUUUGGCUGGA